AUGGCUCCUCUUCCCUCUACCACGCGUCCCUUACCCAAAAACUCCACUCCUCAUCCGCCCAAAACCACCCCCCAUCCUCUCCCCCACACUGCCCCCCCUCUAUUUGACCGUGAGCCCUUCAUAGUGACCUGGAACAUCCCAAAGCUGGUCUGUAACAGGUACAACAUCUCCCUGGACACCUCCCCCUACAGAGGCGUGGCCACACCUGCCAAGGUGCCAGGUCAGUUCCUGUCUCUGUUCUAUACUGACCGACUGGGGCUCUACCCCCACGUAGACCUGCCUUCCAGGCAGCAAUUCUACGGAGGCAUCCCCCAGAGAGGAAACCUUAGGGCCAGUCUGGCCAAGGCUCGGGCUGACAUCAACUACUACAUCCCCUCCAAGACGGCCCGUGGCCUGGCUGUGAUCGACUGGGAGGACUGGCGCCCCCUGUGGGCCAGGAAUUGGGGCUCCAAGUGGAUCUACAGGACCCUAUCAGUGACCCAUGCCCGCCAGAGGGACCGCUCCCUCACAGCCUGGCGGGCCACGGCUACGGCCAAGAAGCAGUUCCAGGCAGCAGCCCGCAGCUACAUGGCAGAGACUCUGUCCUUGGGUAGCCGCCUCAGGCCCAACUACCAGUGGGGAUUCUACCUUUUCCCCAACUGUUAUAACCAUGGAUGGAUGGUGCCGGGAUACACAGGGAGAUGUACCAAGGAGGUGAUGGGGCAGAAUGAUGAGCUGCUCUGGCUGUGGGAGGCAAGUUCCGCACUCUACCCCUCUAUAUACCUGCAGGCGUCUCUAGGGGACAGGCAUAGCGCCGCCCUCUUGGUGAGAAACCGAGUCCAAGAGGCGCUGAGGGUGUCUGCCCUGCCCGCCCGGCCCACCACCGCACCCGUCUACGUGUACACACGACCCGUCUUCAUCGACCAGAACAGACGCUUCCUCAGCCAGGGGGACCUGGUCAGCACCAUCGGGGAGAGUGCUGCCGUGGGGGCCUCAGGAGCCGUGCUGUGGGGGGCCAGUGCCGACUACGAUGACAAGGCGUCCUGUCAGGCUCUUUCCUCGUACCUCACCACCACGCUCAACCCCUACGUCGCCAACGUGACAGCCGCCGCCCAGCUCUGCGGCGACUUCCUGUGCCAGGGGAACGGGCGCUGCGUCCGGAAGCACUACGAGUCGGACCACUACCUCCACCUGUCCUCAGGGAACUUCCGUAUCCUCCGGGCCAGGGGCACGUACAUGGUCCUGGGGACGCCCAGUCUGGCUGACCUGACUCUCUUCUCCAGGAGGUUCACCUGUCAAUGCUAUGCAGGACGGACAUGUUCCCCCAAGCUGCCCAUACACCUGUCUAAAGCACUGGUGUUUAGACUGAAGCAUCAGGGUCUGUCAGACAAGACUAAGACACUGAAUAAAGUGAUCGCUGAUAUGGAACAAUCAACCAUUAAAGAGAACUUGAAAAAACACUGA